AACCCUUUUGAGACCAGAAGAGUAAUAUGCACUUUGUUGCUGGAGUGAACAUUGGAAACCAGCAAGGCUGAGAAAGAUUGCAUGUGUGAAAGAUGGCAACUGGGGAAGAAGAUUUCAGCGCAUCUAUUUCUUCCUGUGAUGCUUUUACAGAGGUAAAAAAUUCUUGUUCCGUGGAGCCAAAGCAAAGAACUAGUCAGGAAGAAAACACAGAGCUACCAGGGGAGAGCUACCAGCAAAAAGAUAUAUCCCUGAAGCUAAUCAUGGUAAAGUGUAAGACUGGGCUUCCUGAUUCUCAGCUGCAAGGGUAUCUGAGAGGACGUCUCCGUCUUCUGGAGAAUGACAGCAAAAAGGCCAGGGCAGUUUUUAAUGAACUAUCUGCCAGACUACUAUCCAUUCACAGCGAAGACCAUCUAAUAGUGGUAACAUUUUGGACCUUUGAAGAAAUCUGGAAGUUUGCAACCUAUUAUUCUCUUGGUUUUUUAAAUGAUUGCAUGGAGAAUCUGUUGCUAGAUGACUAUUUAUGGCUCUCUCUGCCAGAGGAAGCAGUUAGAAUUGAUGUCCAUCUAGAUGAAGAAUGUCUUGAUAUGAUAUACAGAAGGCUGUUAACUCAAGAAGGUACCUUCUUUGUAUAUCAUCCUGAAAAUGUUGAAAGUGGGAAAAAAGCUGCAGAUGAUAGAGAAGCAGUGAGAAUUUACCAGCUGAAGUGUACUGCUACUGAGAGAGCUCCAGAAGCAAGAGAGUGGAAUGACCUACCUAAAGACUUUUCAGUCCCUCUAAUCGCUUUUCAUCAGUGGUUUCUUAAAACAAUCGCAGACCCUGUUGGUUUUUCCAGAAAAAUGGAACCUACAGUCACUGAUCAAACUGCUACAGGAUUUUCUAUAGCGAUUAUUAGCCAUGAAAGUACUGUGCCUGAUGAAAUUGGUUUCCAGAAAGGAGACAAAAUAGAAAUUAUUGGCUACUUUGUGAAGUGCAUGGAGUGGUUUGUGGGAAGACAUGUCCCUACUGGCCAAGUUGGCUUUGUACAGAGCAGUCAUGUUAAACCCGAUGAUUUCAAGGCCACUCUAACUGAACUUCCAUACCUGGCUUCCUUGAAAGAUGAGCAUUCUUUUUUAACAAGAGAAAAAGCCCUUUUGGAAGUAAAUGUGAUGAAGCUGUUGGCGCAAACACCAAAAGAUAACAUUUGCAAUACAUAUCAAAUGGAUGGACAAGAACCUUUUGAAAAACCCACUGAGCAAGAGACACCACAGACCUUCCUUAAUGAAACUUGUAGCACAAUUAAAUACAAAGUGGCACAGGCGCUAAUGAGAAGGAAAAAUGUACAAAUGCACAAAGAAGAGACAGAUGUUCAGAAAAGGCAGUUCUCUGCUUUGAAUGGAGAGAUGCCUUCUGUUUCCCAAGAACCACAUUUCUGCGUAUAUCAAGAUGUAUGCUAUGGUCCAGAAAUCUGUAAUUCAAUAUUAUUGUUUCUGAAUGGUAAAAGCUAUGACACCCACUUCAAGAAGCUAUAUGACUUCUCAUUUUCCUUUCUGAACACCUUGUUUUAUGGUUAUGCCAAUGAGGAAGAACUGAUUAAUUAUUUUGUACUGGCAAGGGAAGCAGCAAAACAAGCAAGUCUGACUUGGGCUUUGACACGGCUGUGCUAUCUCCUGGGAAGAAUGAGUUUACGGAAGUUCAAACUUUCUCAAGCUCGAGUUUAUUUUGAAGAAGCUUUGGCAACAAUACAAGGCGAUUUUAGUGACCUUUACCUUAUAACUACUCUUUAUACAAAUCUAACAGGCAUCUACCUAAAACAGAAGAAUAAAGAAAAAUGUAUUGGCCUUUUGGACAAGGUUGCUUCCUUGCUUAUGGGAAUUCCCAGCUAUAUUAGCAGCACAGAUAUGGAGUCAGAUAUUCUGAAGUAUGCUUUAAAAAGGGCAGUGCUGAGUCAAAGCAAGAAUGCAGAAGCCAGAGCGUGCCUCCUAUUAGCAAAGCACUAUCUGAACUUUAAACAAGGUGAAGAAGCACUUCCAUUCCUAGAAAGACUACAGAUACUGAAUAAUGAAUUGGGUUUGCAGAAUGACUCAUUGUCAAUUGAUUGCUAUUUUAAGCUAGGGCAACUCUAUAGUCAAAAGUGUUUGCCCCACCUUGUGCUAAGCUGUGUCAGGGUUGCCUCUUCUUGUGGCUCAUGUACAUUGCUGGAAUUAUUCCGAAGCAUUGAUUUAGUACUAACAAAUGCUCCUAAACUCCAUAGCCUAAAACCUGUAGGGCACAAACAUCCCUCUCAAAUUGCAUAUUAUCUCAGACGCUUGCUCCAUUUGCUAGAAACUAGCAAAGAACACCAAAAACUCUGCAGCAUGGUUUACUGUAACCUUUCUGUACUAUACAGCCAUCACAAACAAUAUAGAAAAGCAAUUGACUACAUGGAGAAGGUUCUGGACACAAAUGCAGAUAUAAGUAUUGAAGAAAUGAUUAACUAUGUAGUCUUUCUCGGUUGGUUAUAUCUUCUGCAUGGACAAAACACUGUAGCUCUGGACAUUCUAAAUACAAUAGUAGAGUCUUCACAGAGCAGUCAUCCACAGUUGGGUGUAAUUUAUAAUAUGAUUGCAAUUUGUUUGAGACGGAUGAAAAUUACAAAGCAAGCUGCUGAGAACUAUUGUAAAGCUCUGAGCAUAUCAAGAGAGAUGAGAAGCAUACAUAAUCAGGCUGUUGCUUUGGCCAACCUGGGGAUUCUCUGUCUGCAUUCAGAUGCCAGAAGUCUUGCAGAGCAUUUCUUAAUUAAAGCAAUGAAGUUGUUCUCUGAACUGCCAAGUGUUGAGUCUGGAAAGGAUUUCAUAGACAUUCUCCUCAGACUGGGGUGCUAUUAUGCCAAUGGAGUUUAUAAAGACAAAGGGAGAUGCUAUUAUGAAUGGGCAUUUUUGGUGGCAAUGGAAACAAAUCAUUUGGAAGGGCAGCUCCAGGCCGUUCAGUAUCUAUGCCAGUUCUACAGUACAGUUCUUCCAGAUGAAGCUCAGUGUGUCAUCUACAAUGAAUAUCAACUCUCCUUAGUAAGGAAAAUGUCUGACAAAGUAAUGGAGGGACAGAUAUUGGAAACCAUCAGUCAGCUGUAUCUGUCUUUAGGCACCGAAAGGGCAUACAGAUUUGCCCUGGAAUACACCAAGAGAAGCCUUGGAAUAUUCAUUGAUCUUCAGGAAAAACAAAGGGAAGCACAGGCUUGGCUCCAAGCAGGAAAAAUAUAUUAUAUAUUGAGGCAAAAUGAGCUGGUAGAUCUUUAUAUCCAGGUUGCCCAAAAUGCUGCUUUGUGUACUGAAGAUCCUAAUCUAGAAAUGGAAGUGUUUGAAUCUUCAGGAGACAUCUUUUUUAAUGGAGACCGAGAAAAGGAAAAAGCAGUGCCCUUCUACAGGGACAAGGCACUGCCAAUUGCUGUUAAGACAAGGAACAGCUGUGCUGAGCUUCGACUAUUCAACAAACUGGUGGGAGUGCUGUUUGCUCUGAAGGCAUAUGAGGAGUGUCUGAGAUAUGCGCAAGCAUCAUUAAUGCUCAGCGUCAAUCUAGGGAAUCAAUUAAAUGAAAGAAUAGCAUAUCAUCGACUAGCUGUUAUCUACCACCAUCUAGGGCAGUGUGAACUUACUGAACACUUUUUCUUAAAGGCCUUGUCCCUCUGUCCCUCACCCCUUGAGUUUGAUGAGGAAGCCCUAUACUAUGUAAGAGUAUACCUUGUUCUUGGAGACAUCACUUUCUAUGAUCUAAAGGAUCCCUUUGAUGCUGCUGGCUACUAUAAUUUGGCUCUUGCAGCUGCCAUGGGCUUGAGCAACAAAAAGGCUCAACUGAAGAUUUACACAAGGCUCGCAAUAAUCUACCACAACUUCCUUGUGGAUCGAGAGAUGUCCCUCUUCUUCUAUCAAAAGGCAAGAGCCUUUGCAACUGAACUUAAUAUUCGUAGAAUAAAUCUGUCACCUGAUCAAUCUACGAGGGCAGCCUGGGCACCUGUGAAAAAGAUCAUGUGAUAAUCGCAUCAGUGCUUGUUUUUCUAUAUUGCAACAAGUCCUUUGUAUAUUGCAUGAAAUGGUAUAUGACUGACAUGGCACCUGCAUGUUCUCCUGCUCUUAAAUAACACAAAUCCACUUAUAUGUCCAAAUAUGUAGCCACAUAAGCGCAAGUAAAACAGGGACAAAAAUUUAUUAGAAGGUGAUGGUAACAGUCAGUCUUCUUCUUACAAGUAUGGAACUGUUUAACUGCUGAAAACAGGAAUCUUAAAUAUGAUUAAAAUCAGGGAUUAACCAGAAUGAUACACAGUCAUGAUUACAUCUAAAAUUGUCUCACACCAGUUCUAAUUAGUAUGAAUGUGCUAUGACUUGUUUGGGAGUAUGUGACUGAUAGAGCCAAAGAAACCAAAGUUAGCAUCUAAUACAAGCAUCCUUGCCUCAAUUUCAUGUGCCAAAUUUAAUUGCAUUUUAAACUAUGUUUAAAAGUGAAUCCAGUCUCCAGAAAGGUCAAAGGAACAUGAGGCAUGUGCAUAUAGCUGAAUGUAGAAUUUGGCCUUGAAGUAGGUCUGAGAAUACAGAUUAGUAGACUGACAUUUGCUGCCA